GCAUGUCAUAUGCAUUGUGCAUGUGAUGUGCAGGUGACCGUCGACGAGUCUGGACCGUGGAAUUGAAGAUUUACCGCCGAAUAGUAGUCUAACACAGCAGAUUUGUGAUUCUUAUUUUGUAUCAUUUUCUCUUGGCCUGUCGUUAGAAGGAUAGCCAUAACACCUAAGACCCAGCGUAUAUAGGGCUUAAGUUUACAUGUUUAGAGCUUGCGUGUAACCAAGAUGACUGGUUUAACAAGAGUCAUUCAGGCAACCAAUAUUUCGCCAGUUGCAACCGUCCAACAGCUUCAAACGUUGUUUGGUUUUCUUGGAAAGCUAGAAGAUAUUCGACUCUUCCCGAAGGAGGACUCGGUACUACCUGUGACAUCUCGAGUUUGCUUCGUUGUGUAUGAGGAUCCAGCCAGUGUUGGAGUGGCCCAGCAUCUUACUAACACAGUUUUCAUUGACAGAGCCCUUGUAGUAGUUCCAGUACCUGAUGGAAAGAUACCAGAUGAACACCAAGCGUUGCAGUUGACAUCCCAAGGUAAUGCAUCAACAGGUCUCAUGCCAGCUCCAGGAAGUGGAUUGCUGCCCACACCUCCACAACCGCUUAUAUCACAGGUUUCUGAUGUGACUCCACUGAGUGCUUUGUCAGCACCUGUUGCUCCUGCUAUCUUAGGUAUGGAUCCUACAUUUGCUGCUCUUGGGUUACCUCAACCGCCUCCACUCAACAAUGUGGAUCCUACCAAGAUUGAGGAAAUUCGCAGGACUGUUUAUGUUGGGAAUCUAGAUUCUGGAACUGUGACAGCAGAACAAUUGUUAAGCUUCUUCCAACAUGUUGGUGAAGUGAAAUAUGUACGCAUGGCAGGUGAUGAAACUCAACCGACUCGGUUUGCAUUUGUGGAAUUUACUGACACCGGCUCUGUGGCCAAGGCACUGGCGUACAAUGGAGUCAUGUUUGCAGGAAGACCACUUAAGAUAAAUCAUUCCAAUAAUGCUAUUGUCAAGCCACCUGCUAAGACAGCAGAGGUAACUCAGAGAGAGCUGGCCGAAACGAUGAAGCAGGUACGAGAUGCCCAAGCACUCAUUCAGAAAGCCAUUGAACCAGAGGAUUUGGAGAAGGAAAUAGAAAAAGAUGAUAAAAAGAAACGCAGCAAAUCACGUUCUCGCAGCCGUCAUCACUCGCGGUCUCGGUCACGUUCCCGCCGUCGACGCUCACGCUCACCAAGGCGUUCCAGGCGAUCCCGUUCUCGUGGCCGUCGUUCUCGUUCUCGUACCCCUCGGAGACGCUCUCGCACACCCCAGAGAAGAAGAUCACCCCGAAGAUCUCCUAGAAGGUCCCCCCCUCGUCGAAGAUCACGAUCUCGCACUCCACGACGUAGAAAGAGUAGAGAACGAUCACGCAGCAGAGAUAGGCGGUCAAGAUCAAGAGACCGCCGUCAUCGCUCUAGAACUCCACCUCGGAGCUAUCGUGCAUCAAGGUCUUCACGUAGCCGAAGCAGAAGUCCAGCUGCUCCAUCCCGUUCAAGGCGCCGCACCAAGUCUCCAUCCCGAUCACGUUCAAAAUCUGCAUCUAAAUCACCAUCACGGUCAAGGUCGGGCUCCCCAAGAAGAAGCAAGCACAAGAAAGAUAAGAAGAGUAGAGAGCGUGAAAGAAGUAGGGAACGUGACAGUCGCAGCAGUAGAAAACACAAGAAAGACAAAGAUCGGGAUCGGGAAAGAGAGCGCAAAAGAGACAGAAGUCGGGAAAGAGGACAUGAUCGUAGUCGAGACAAAGAUCGUGGUGGGGAGCAUAAGGACCGAGAUAAAAAAGAUACCAAAGUUAAACGAGAUUAUGAUGAAGAAGAAAAAGGAUAUGACAGUGACAAGGCAAAGGGAACAACAUCAUCAAGUGGAGGUGAGGAGGAUUCAGGAGGCAUGAAGAUUCAGGUAGUGAUGGGUGAGGGGAGUCGUACAGGAACAGCAUUGGAUGUUGAUACCAAUGUCCAAGAUAUGGAUAUGGACAUGGAAUCUGACUAAGUGAUACUUCCACUUUAUGCCUGGAUUUAGUAUUUAGAUGUUACUUGUGUAGUGGUAUGCAUGUACUUAUACCUUCUGACAACAGUUUUUCGGUAUUAAAAAUCUGCUUUUUAUCUUUUAAAUAGCCAAUUUUUGAAGAAAUGUUCUUUGCGUCACUUUUGUAAGCACUAUAUGGUGAUAAUGUAGAGAGUAAUAACUUAUAAACAUGUAGGUAGAUUAGAUGCUUAUUUGAUGUGCAAAGUGAGGCCUGCAGGGUGCUUCCUUGCUGAACACACAAACCUAUAGGAAAACGCAAUAUUUUGUGCAGCUUGGAUGCGUCGCAUCAUCAAAACCAAUCAGUACUUGUAUAGAGGUUUUUCACUUGAUGUAACCUGACAGUUAAAGGCGUUGCAGGAAGCAUACCAUGUUUAUGGAGGUGCAUGUAUUUUUGAAUCUCUGUAUUUCUAUUACCAGUUUCAUGUACGCCAGAAUGUUGAAAGACUAAAAAGGUGCACACGUUUCCGUGCACAUUAUGUAAAUUGAAUGCUCACCGUCAAAAAUCAUGUGACUGAAAACCUCUAUAUGAACUUUUUUUUCACCUCUGUAAAGAACUUCAACAUGUGUGCAUACAAAGUAGGUGCAACAUAUAAAUUUUGCUUAUGCUUUUUAAUGAUAGAAAAAUGCACUUAUGAGUUUUCUAAAAAUUUUGUUCUUGCAUUUUGCAGCUACAGUACAGCUCAAAAGUUUCUCUGAAAACUCGCAAGGGGCCUCAUUGAACUCGCAAGGGCCCUCAGUAAACACUCGCGAGUUUGCAAGCAAUAAAUGAGUGAAGUUCGAGACGAGUACACGUGUACUACCCGCAAGGGCAAUCCCUUGCCUCGUAACUCGCUCAUGAGGAGUAGAUUUGUCACUCAUUAUUUUGCGAGGACCCUCGUACUUGUUAAGAAAUUCCCUCGCUCGUACACACUCAUUGCUCGCAAGUGUCAGGAGAAACUUUUGGGCUGUACUAUACAUCUCUUCUCAAAAGUCGUACAUCAUUACGUUCUGCAAAUUUUAAUGUGAAUUUCAAAAAUAUCUUUGAUCAGGAUGGUGCCAAACUUUUUCCACUCCGGGAAUGGAGAGUUUGUUCUCUCAUAAUUUAAAAAUGGCUCUGUGGCCAAGGCUGAAUAAAUUGACUUCUUUCAUUUGAGGCAGCAGAAGUUAGGUGAUGCCUCCAGGAGUUUCAGCCAACUCACUGGAUGUUGGCAAGGGCAAGGUUCAAGGUGACCCACUCCUUAGGGGCAAGUUUGAUUCAGGUGGGCAUAAAAAAUUUCUCUAAAGAACUGAAAUGGCUCUCUAUAUGUGAUUGGACCUUACGAUGGUUUUGUCCUAAAGUUAAUACACAGGUUUGGAUUCCUUAUCCAAAGGCCCAAGGGUCACCACUUUUUCCAGUCUUAGUUACUGUGCGAGGUAUGUUUCGCCUUGGGUGUUAUCUAUCCCUCAGGUUUUCAAAAUGUCAUAUCCCAUGUCGCAGCGGUCAACAAUUAUUAAAUGGUGUGCAUAUUUGUCCCACAUACUACAAGGUACAUGUACAUGUAGGUGGGACACAGAUGCACUACACUGAUGUGUCUGUAUUGCACUAAUGCGUUUGUGGGACACAGACACAUCAAUAAACUUGAUGCACAUGGUGGGAGUACAUAUGUAUAUCCUCAUUUAAACAUGUGACAAUCAGCAUGGGAUGCAAACAUGUCACUUUUGAAUUUAUUUUAAAUUCUACAGCUGUACAUUUGGAGUAAGUAUAAAAUAGCAUAAUGCAUGGGUAUAGAACAAUACUUACCUUCAUACGAGAGGUGUGAUGGACCAUGCAGUAGAGUAUGUCACAUACUGUUUGUUGAAGUGGUGCAGCUAAUCAGAAUUGAGGAUUUCAAGUUUGCUUGAACAUAAGCACUGUUCUUGUUACACUCCAGUUCUGGGUGCAUUUUACUCACUUUUUGUCAUGCUUUUAAGAUGGGAAGGUUCGCUUACUGUGUAAAUACUGUGUAUGACACUGUGGUCUUUGUGACACAGUUGCUAUAAAACUUGCUACACUGCAUAAAACAAUGUUUUUGGUGGAAAUUAAAUUAGUUGCAGCAUGGAGAGAAGCAAUAAUUGUGCAGUAUGUAGUAAGCACAGCCACCGACUCUGUAAUUCAACUUUUUUGGUGACAUUUAAUUAAAGCUCUAUAAUUCAACGAUUACUGGUAUGUGUAAUACCUUGUGACUUCAAGAUUUAUUCAAACCCAAGAGGAAAAUACAAAUUUGAUCUGUUCUAGAAAGGGGAUAGGCAUUGGGCAUUAUUUGAUGCUUGGAUGCAGUGUGCACAAACAUGUCCAUAUAUUUUAUGUUCAUGUAGAUAUAGGUCAUGGUAUAAAUAAAGGGGUCCACGUGGGGACACAGGCCAGAAAAUGAGAACUAUUAUCUGCCUCUUGUAGUGAGCUGAUUUAUGCUUUAUACCACAUAAAGGUUACACAUAUAACAGAGUAGUGUAUACUGUAGCAGGGGUGAAACAUUUGAGGAACAAUGUUUUGCUAGGACUAGCUUUCACUGUUACAAAUCCAAGAGACACAAUGGCAUGCACCACCAUACACAACCAUUAAUGAAGUAAAAUGGCUUGAUUCUUAAUAGACUCUCCCUUUUCGAUUACUGCAGAAUAUGAUGUCUCCAAAUAUAAGGUAUUUGGUUAAAAGUAUGAUGGUUUGAACUGAAUUUUUUUCUGGUUUUUCAUGCCAUAAACUGGUUCAUGAAAAGUUGCUGGUUGACACUAUACUGCUGCCGGUUUGAAGAGGUGUUACUACAAAAUUUGCUGUAACUCAUUUAUAAAUGGAGAACAAAUUAUUCUUUAAACAUGGUACACCAUACAUAUGAGAACCAAGCACAGUUAAAAUCUAGUUAUUUUUGCCCCACUUUUUUCUCAAAAUGACAGGUUUACAGCUAAAUGCCGUUUGUCCAAAAAAGAAAAAGAUAAGCUUAUAACUUUUUUCCUAAAAGUAAUGACUAUCUUUAAUCAUCUCACAAUAAUAAACUUAAGUGCACAGUUUACUAAACAAUUCAAAAUUUACUAUUGUGGGUGUUGUCCCACUGGACCCAUGUAGAACAACCCAUUUACAUGUACAUGUGUAGUAGUACAUGUAGUAUCUACAGUUCAGUUUGCAUGUACAUAUGUACUUCAAAUUUCAGCCCAUGUAACAUUUAAUACAGUAUUGCCUAAAAUCAUUUCUUAAAUUUUGUUUUUAAUUCAACUAGCUCCUCUUUGGCUUUAUGUAUGUUGCAGAUUAUGCGCCUUAUGUAAUAUUUAAGAAAUGAGAAUAUGAAACUAAAAUGUGUGAUUUCCUAGGUUUGCAUGUUGCAUUUUCUAAAAGCAGUGUUUGCUCUGUUAACAGGCCGUUUAAUCACAUUUCAAUAUUGAACUGUUUUAAAAGUUUGUAGUAAACAUUAAAAGUUAAAGUUGUAGCUUUCUUUCGUUUCUCUUUUAUGUUGUAUUCAGAUGUAUCUUUGAUCAGGUAAAAUACAUUCAUGUAGGCAGUCAUGUAGGAAUUCUGAACAGUAAUGUUUUAAGAGUACAUUAUAAUUGGCACAGGCAUUGAUUAGCAUUGUUCAAAAUUUCUUGGGUUUACAGAAUGGAAAAAACAAUGACUUAAUCCUUAAAAUCACAAUUAUAAACAGUGGCACUCAGAUUCUUUGGGUAAUUUAUCAGAUUUUACCUGCAGUUGUGAGUAGUGAUGAGCAACUUCUAUUGACUGCAAAACAAAACCUCAAACCCUUCACAAACUUGGCCUUAUUCAGUGGUGGUGAGACGAACUGUAAUCCCAAUGGAAGUGUUCAUUUAUAUGCCAUUCAUACAUACCGGUACCUGAAAUUUACAAAUACCCAAUCCUAUAUGGUCAAGAGCCCAUCAUGUGAGUGGUUCUCGACGGAUGAUAAAAUUUUGACUCAUUUUAUGGACUCAAA